GGAUGUGUGAAUGAGUAGUAUUAUUAUUAUCUGUAUUUAAAUUGAAUGUCAAUUGAAGUGAUAAUCUGACUGUGGUUUGGAUCAAGUGAUUGCCCGCAGACUAUCACCGAAUGAUGAGUUCAAGAAUUUGUGAACAUUUGGAGACAUUUAAAGCCAAUUAUGGUCUCAAUUCGUAUCAAAUUAUUUAUAAACAAUUCAUUUCAGUCACUACUCAAGAGUCCAGGAAAAGAAAGGCCCGAAAUUGUAUUUGUUUCACGUGUCGACUGCCGGUCUUAAGACUUCAUUCGUGUCUUUACUGUGUAUUCUUCGGCUGUUUUACUGAACACCACAUUCACGAGCACUCGAAGACACAGAAACACAAUUUAGCAAUGGAUCUCUCGUAUGGAAUGGUAUACUGUUUCUCGUGUGAGGACUAUAUGCACGACAAAGACUUGGAGACAAUCGCCAAAAAGCAGAAACGAAGAGCAGACAAAGUGAGAGGAGUUCGUUGCACUCAAUACUAUAGGUGGGAACCGACUUCUCAAGAGCUACAGGUCCUCAAAGACAAUCCCCAACGAAAGCGCAUUUCGGAGAACUCGCACAUCGGACUCCGAGGUCUCAUCAAUCUCGGGAACACCUGUUUCAUGAACUGUAUCGUUCAGGCCUUAACCCACACUCCACUCCUUCGUGACUAUUUCCUGGCCGACCGACACGUCUGUCAGUUCGAGGCCGACCCGUCCAUGUGUUUGGUCUGCGAAAUGGCGCGACUUUUCCAAGAGUUUUAUUCGGGUAAGAGUUCUCCGCACACGCCCUUCAAGUUAUUGCAUUUGGUUUGGACUCACGCCAGACAUCUGGCCGGUUAUGAACAACAAGACGCUCACGAGUUCUUCAUUGCAACACUCGAUGUACUGCACCGGCAUUGCAGAGGAACCAAUGGUCCGACCAAUAAUAGUCCCCAUCAUUGCAACUGUAUUAUUGACCAAAUUUUUACGGGAAGUCUUCAGUCGGAUGUGGUCUGUCAGUCCUGCAAAGGAGUCAGUUCAGUGGAGGACCCCAUUUGGGACUUCAGUCUAGAUUUGGGUCCAUCUCUUCAUAUGCGUCAACAAAGAGCUUCUUCUUCGACACAAACCAUUUGCGAUGAAUCGGAACCAAAAUCACUGAUUGACUGUUUAGAACGGUUUACACGACCCGAGCAUUUAGGAAGUUCUGCCAAAAUAAAAUGCAGUUCCUGUCAAAGCUAUCAGGAGUCCACUAAACAACUCUCGCUCAAGAAGUUACCCGUCGUCGCCAGCUUUCAUCUCAAACGAUUUGAACACUCGAGUCGAUUCCACAAAAAGAUCUCAAGUUUUAUAUCAUUUCCUCAAUAUCUGGAUAUGACUCCAUUCAUGGCCUCAAAAAUUGGCUGCAAAUCUGGUUCUAAUGAUAGUUCUAAUGUCAACUCAUAUACCAAUGGAGUGGCAAAUAAUGACAACAAAUACUGUUUGUUCGCUGUUGUUAACCAUUCGGGGACUAUAGAGACGGGACAUUACACGGCAUUCAUUAGACAACAUCGGGACCAAUGGUUCAAAUGUGAUGAUCACUUAAUAAUGCGCGCCAGUGUUCAAGAAGUUCUCGACAGCGAAGGAUACUUAUUGUUUUAUCACAAACAGAUCCUCGAAUACGAAUAAAACUGUUUGGAAACAUAUUCGUGAUAAAUACUGAACAGUAUUUUUGCUCAAAAACCUUAUUCUCAAC